GUCUCAUGAACCAGCUCGAUCAGCAGGACAUCGUGCAGAUAUUGAACGAAGCCGGGAACGCAGGUGACCGGAAGAUGAGUAUUGGUUCCAACACAGACCAGGGCAAGACCUCCUUCGCGAACAAGUCCAUGAAGCAGAUUGGCGAAACACUCGACCCUCAGAAGUGCGCAAUCGGCUACACGUGCCGCAAGGGGCUCAAGCCAGAGAGUCCCAACCAGGACUCAUGGUUCGUGCUCCGCGUCGAGGGCGAGAAGGACUGCUCGAUCUACGCCGUCUUCGACGGGCACGGCAAGAAGGGCCACGAUGUCUCGAAUUUCGUCAAGGAGCACUUGCCGAAGCUCAUAGUAAAGGAUAGCCGCUUCAUGACGGACGAGAUGCCGGCGAUGCUCGUAGAUGCUUUCAAGAAGAUGCAGUCUUUCAUCGCGAGCGCCGACCGCAUGAAGAAGCUCAGCGCCCAGCUCUCCGGCACCACGUGCACCGUUGCCAUCCACGAUCACACCAACAACAAGAUCACGAUUGCCCACGUGGCCGACAGCACCGCCGCGAUAGGGUCGACGGCGGGGAGCAAGAGGGACUGCAAGGCGCUCACGCGCGACCACAAGCCUCAGCUGGCGGACGAGCGAGCUCGCAUCGAGAAGAACGGAGGCCGCGUCGUCUUCGAUGGCUACGCGAACUACCGCGUCUACGCGAAGGGCGCGCGCUAUCCGGGCCUGAACAUGUCCCGGUGCCUGGGCGACUUGAUGGGACACCAGGACUGCGGCAUCAGCUGCGAGCCAGAGGUCCAGGAGUACUACCUCACCGAGAACGACACGACGCUGUUUGUCUGCAGCGACGGCAUAUGGGAGUUCAUCGAGCCAGCCGAGGCCUACGACAUUGUGGCUGAGUUCAAGCCCGAGCAGGCCAUGCAGGCGGCGGAGAAGCUUGCAAAGGAGGCGUGGGACCGCUGGAUCAGGGAGGAGGGCGGCUCGGUGGUCGACGACAUCACGGUCGUGCUGGUAAACCUGAAAAAGCCGGCCUGA